UAAAUUAAAUGGGGGGAAGUAAAAAAAAUAAAGAUGUACCGCCUAAAGUAUACGACAUGUGGGAGAUUACGGAAAAGUUUGGAAAGUAUCAAAUAUUACAAUAUGUUUGCAUAUGCUUCGGUAUCGUAUUUGUUACAAUUGCAAACAUUAAUUAUGUAUUUAUUGCUGGUGAUCUUAACUACAGGUGUCGAAUACCAGAAUGUGAGAGUACGGAGGCUGCAUAUGAACCCCCACCGUGGGGGUCUAACGAGUCCGUUGACAGAUGUUCGAAGCCUAUUCUGAACGAAAGCUGGUCGCAAACACAGUCGUGUACGGCCGACAGUUUCUCCAAUUUAAUAGAACCCUGUACAGGGUGGAUCUACGAGACUAACAACACUAUUGUAGCGGAUUUGGACCUGGCGUGUGAACCUUGGAAAAUAAAUCUGAUUGGUACAGUGCACAGCGUCGGCAUGCUGGUCUCCAUGGUAGUGGCCGGCUGGAUGGCAGAUAGGUUUGGACGUAAACCAGCCGUAAUAUUCUGCGUAGUGGGCACGUGUAUGGGGCAUGUCAAGACUUUCGCCACGUCCUAUUAUUUGUACAUAGCCAUAGAGUGUAUUGAAGCGACUUUCUCUGGAGGUGCUUUUCCUGCCGGCAUGGUGCUUAUGAUAGAAAUAAGUGGAAAAAAACAGAGGCUUCUAUCAUCUGUGCUAUUUGCGUACGCGAUUUACGUUGGAGAAUCGCUUUUCGCCAUUAUUGCAAUGUUUGUUCCGUAUUGGAAAACUCUUGCACGCAUCAUAUACACACCGGGCAUUAUUUGUCUCGCUCUAGUCUUCGUGAUCAGAGAGAGUCCGCGAUGGCAACUGCUAAACGGCAAAACUAAAGAGGCGAUUGAAACUUUACGAUUAACAGCGGAGACGAAUAAUAUUAAAUUUAAUGAUGUUAUAACAGAAUCGGACGAAGCUAUAUUAAAAAAUAAACUGAAUAUUGGAAAGACAACUGUGAAGGAAGGUUACAAGAAGAUUUUUUCAUCGAAACAAAUAUUAUUGCGUAUACUAGUGGGUGCAGCUAGUCGAUUCAGUGCAAGUUUCGUAUAUUAUGGACUUAUGAUCAAUUCAGUGUGGUUGCCGGGAAAUAAAUACACGAACUUUCUAUUGUCUACAGUGAUGUCGUUUCCAGGCGAACUUAUAUCUUUGUAUUUUAUGAACAGGAUAGGAAGAAAACUGCCACUUAUUGUUGGAUUUGCCAUUUGUGGGACGUUAUGCAUAGCAUCUGGAUAUGUGCCUGCAAGCUUGGUAUGGUUGAAAAUAACUCUGUUCCUAUUGGGCAAAGUGGUGAUAUCUUCAUGCUUCACUGUGGCUGUCACAUACAGCAUGGAGCUGUUCCCCACCACUGCUAGAGGCACCCUGCUCGGAGUAUGCGCCUUCGCUUCCAGACUGGGCAACAUGCUCGCCCCUUUGACACCUAUGCUGUACGACAUAUCAGCGUCUCUCCCCGCCAUACUGUUCGGAGUAUCUUCAGCUGUGACAGCCGCACUCAUAACCCUCACUCCUGAGACGAAGGAACUGCCACUGUUUGACACCGUGGAGCAAGUAGAAGCCAGCAUGAAGGUGAAACGUGACGAGAAGACCACAAUAUCUACGAUUGCAUGAAAUUUGCAACUACGUACCUUAAGGUUUAUUCUUCAGACCCGAGAAGGUCCAAUUUCAAAUAUCCAACAGCUGUCAUUUCAGUUUUGAUUGGAUUGUCUGUCUGUCUUGUUUCGUACUUCUUGAGUAUUCACGAACAUUACAGAAGGUGUAAAUAUAAAAUCCGCUUCCAACACUUUUCGAUUAUUCCUCCAAAUCCUCCUAUCAA